AAGCUCAAAAGGAAAAAAAGGAAGGAGAAAAAGAAGGAACGAAGGAGACAGUUAAAAGCGGUAGGUACUAAAUAAAAAUAAUGAUUUCUUUUUAAAUGCCACGGAAAAAAAUUUCGUCGAUGAAAAUUCAGUCGUGAAUGGAAUGGAUAGAAUGAUAAGGCAAACUGAAUUUGUUUGUUCUGUUAUAUUUUGUUAUAUCAAAGUUUUUUCUACGUUGUUGUUUACUAUUUUGGGAAAAAAGAAUAUCAUUCAUUACAAAAAAUGCUUUAUUACAGAGGUUAUCGAGGAUUUGUCCUUACGCCACAAACAAAUGAGGGAUUGCGAAUACAGUUUGUAUCUUUUGGGUCGCUAUAAGCUGGGUGGAUCAGAAAACUGAACCUACAGAUGAUCAGUUCUCAAGUGUUUGCACUGUUUUUCAAAUCCGUGUAGGAUUAAGGUAGAUGGAAGACCGCAAGCGUGGAGUUCACGCGGUUCCAUCGAAAUGACCGAAUGUGCUGUACAUUUUUAAAACCGCGCCAGCUCAACGUUACAAACUCGCACGGUAAGAAUAUAAGCGACAAAAAGUAUACAGCAAAGGAAAAAAAAAACAGCUCAGCGUAGAGUAGACCUGGACCAUCUACAUGGAAGGUCGGCUCCUAGACCACUGCACCACGCUGAAAUAUAUACGCUGUUUGGAGCUUGUGGAGCUGUUUUUAUGUGAAUUCAAAGAUAUAUUUGAGGAAAAUUAGUCAGGAUAAUCAUUUAUUUUUGUUGUUGCUGUUAACUUCUCCGCCCUCCGUUUCCCUGAAUUUUUUUUUUUGUUUCGUUCCAACUUAAUAUUCAUUACACGACAUCUCCGACAUCUCUUCGUCAGUGGAUUUUUGUCCACUCGUUUGUCAGAAAACACUCUCACGACAGUGUUUUCCAUAAGCAAAAUCACGUUCACAGACCUCAAAUUUAGAGUAAUUGUAAAAGCGGUUUUAGACUGCCUUUCCUUCAUAUUUCAUUCUUCUUUCGCACAAGCAAAUGCAUAUUUUUGGAAUUGGAGUAACUCAUUGGAAAACAGGGGCAGCUACUUGUUUCUUUUUAUAUUCUCCUUUUUGUAUUAAUCGAUUUCUACUGGAAUUAUUUCGCAGAUGGGACACGAGGACGAUACGAGUCUGAACAGGACAAAAAGGAGAAAAUUAAAGGCAAGGGUAAGACUAAGGCCUUCGUUCGGCUCGAUCAUUGUUAUCACUGCGAUUCUGUCCAUAAAGCCCGAAGGAGGUACUUUAGGAAUGUGCCGCUGGGAGCCUGGGACCCUUAGCCAAUAUCAGACCUGGUUCAGUGGAAUUUUGCUACCCUAUACAAUGUACUAGACCCUAUAUCAUAUUAACUUGCGAUGAAGUAUUCUUUAUGGGGACUUGCGCAAUUAACAGAGUAAAUCGCACAUCGUUGCGAUGACUAUAGUGAUGUCUAUUUAGUCAAUUAGCUGCAAUCAUCUGUAUUUUUUUGCCCAAACAAGAGAAGAAGUUCACAAAAGUUUGUUCAUUGACUCAAAGACAGUUUGCCCAUAAUACCAACUAAACUAUAUAGAUAUUAACAAACCUGUUUUCCAAGAGAGAAAUAAAAAUCAUACAAACAUUUUCACAAAUACAUAUCUAGCCAGUUUUUCGAGAUUGGGCAAGCGAAAUUUGCAGCCUUUGUGGUAAAUAGAGGGCCAAACGCAUUCAAGUUUUCAGCAUCCGAUAAGCCAGAAAAUUACAUAAGCGAAGGUAAAGAAAAAGAAAAAGAAUAAAGAUUACAAAGGAAUAAAUGCAGAUAAAUCAAGUUUGACUUAAUUUCUAUCAUUGAAUAUCACUAAUUAGUAAAGCUCAAAAGGAAAGAAAGGAAGGGGAAAAAGAAGGAACGAAUAAUAAUUGAUGACAACGUUAUUUUCAAUUCCAGAUCAAACGCAAAGGAUCCGGAAUCGGCAUUAACAAAACAAGAGAAAGGUGGAAAUUUUUUUUAUACAUUUGAAGUAAAAACAUAAGAAGACUCCCUGUAUGGUCCCAUCGCAAUCUACUUUAAUAUGGGAAGUCAGACCUUUCAUUAUUUAUAGAUUUCACUUCCAUUGCCACAAGCUAUUAUCAAGUGUUCUACUGCAAAAACUGAAUAUUGGACUUACAGACUAGCUUCAGAGGUACUACAGAAGGCGAGCCCAUUUAACUCAAUUUUAUUAAAAAUGUAAAAAAGGUUUAAUAUAGGAAAUAAGAACAAGAGAGAAAUAAAAAUCAUACAAAUAUUUUCACUAAUACAUAUCUAGCCAGAUUUUCGAGAUUUGCAGCCUUUGUAGUAAACAGAGGGCCAAACGCAUACAAGUUUUCAGCAUCCGAUAAGCUAGAAAAUUACAUAAGCGAAGGAAAAGAAAAAGAAAAAUAGAGAUUGAGUUGAAAAAAAAAAAACAGAAGAGAAAAGGCAAAGGUGGUACCCUCAAGAGAACUAUUUUGAUUAAAAUAAUAAAGAUUACAAAGGAAUAAAUGCAGUUUAUCGGUUUGACUUUAUUUAUAUCAUUGAAUAUCACUAAUUAGUAAAGAUGAAAAGGAAGAAAAGGAAGGAGAAAAGGAAGCCAGAAUGAUAAGGCAAACUGAACUUGUUUUUUUUAAAUGCAGAUUAAGUUUCACCUUAUUUCUAUUAGUGAAUAUCACUAAUUAGUAAAGCUCAAAAGGAAAAAAAGGAGGGAGAAAAAGAAGGAACGAAGAAGACAGUUAAAAGCGGUAGGUACUAAAUAAAAAUAAUGAUUUCUUUUUAAAUGCCACGGAAAACAAUUUCGUCGAUGAAAAUUCAGUCGUGAAUGGAAUGGAUAGAAUGAUAAGGCAAACUGAAUUUGUUUGUUCUGUUAUAUUUUGUUAUAUCAAAGUUUUUUCUACGUUGUUGUUUACUAUUUUGGGAAAAAAGAAUAUCAUUCAUUACAAAAAAUGCUUUAUUACAGAGGUUAUCGAGGAUUUGUCCUUACGCCACAAACAAAUGAGGGAUUGCGAAUACAGUUUGUAUCUUUUGGGUCGCUAUAAGCUGGGUGGAUCAGAAAACUGAACCUACAGAUGAUCAGUUCUCAAGUGUUUGCACUGUUUUUCAAAUCCGUGUAGGAUUAAGGUAGAUACGUUUAGGGCAGUUUGCAUCAAUUUUUCGUGUGUAUUUUCUUAAACAAGCAAUCUGUACCCCACCUGACAAACCUUUGUACAGAGCUUUAAUUUGCAAAGCUUACACAAUACCUACAUAUAAUAUUGAAUAAUCUUGCUGAUCAGAAGAUUCCCGGUUCUGAUCUAGCACCUCCAAGACCAGGAGCUCAAGCCUGCUUUUGUAGUAAAUACGGUUUGUUCCAAACCGGUAGCACCCAAAGUUAGUUAUUCCUUUCUUUUCUUGAUAAUCAAAAAGCCCUGAAUCCUUGCAAUGAUAUAUUUGCGACCUAUUCUUUUUUAAGUUAAUAUUUCUGACCCGUUUGGCUAUUCAGUCCCUUUAAAUCAUCUGAUCGAGCGAGUAAAUGGAGCCGAAACCAAUUGUGGAAGUGCACACAUUUUAGGCAUCCUGCUGAUAAACAGUUACGACACGUAGAUAUAUUUUUUAGCAACUACUAUGAUUUGCAGUCUGUUCACCUUGAAUAGCAUCAUAAAUUAGCUUGUUUUUUUCUGUAUUGUAGAGCGUUACAAAAACUUCUUCAGUCGCUUUUGUUAGGUAUAAUUAUUAUUUUAAUUUUUCUUGUUUAUACAAAUUAAGAACGCAUCAGGUUCCAUUCCCAGCUACUGACUAUUAUCAGAGGCUUCAAAUAGGGCUUAAAUAGAAUGCAAUUUUUUUGUAUAUAGAACUGUUGAUAUUUUGUAUGUGAAUCCACUUGUGUAGCGCGCCCUUAAUUGUAAAUAUUGUAGAUAAUCUUUUUUUCUCCUCUCUCUUUUCUACACUAAACUAUACAUAUUUUAAAUCGGAACAAAAGCAGAUUAAGUUUCACCUAAUUUCUAUUAGUGAAUAUCACUAAUUAGAAAAGCUAAAAAGGAAAACAAGGAAGGAGAGAAAGAAGGAGAAAAGAAGACAAAUGAAUUUCUUGUUGCAAAAAGUUUGCAACACAUAUAUUUCAGGUAAUACACACACUGAGGAUUUAUCUAAACGUAUAAAAAUUGAUGACAACGUUAUUUUCAAUUCCAGAUCAAAUGCAAAGGAAUCAUUAACAAAGAAAGAAAAAGUAAAGCUCAAAAGGAAGAAGAGGAAGGAGAAAAGGAAGCCAGAAUGAUAAGGCAAACUGAACUUGUUUUUUUUAAAUGCAGAUUAAGUUUCACCUUAUUUCUAUUAGUGAAUAUCACUAAUUAGUAAAGCUCAAAAGGAAAAAAAGGAGGGAGAAAAAGAAGGAACGAAGAAGACAGUUAAAAGCGGUAGGUACUAAAUAAAAAUAAUGAUUUCUUUUUAAAUGCCACGGAAAACAAUUUCGUCGAUGAAAAUUCAGUCGUGAAUGGAAUGGAUAGAAUGAUAAGGCAAACUGAAUUUGUUUGUUCUGUUAUAUUUUGUUAUAUCAAAGUUUUUUCCAUGUUAUUGUUUACUAUUUUGGGAAAAAAGAAUAUCAUUCAUUACAAAAAAUGCUUUAUUACAGAGGUUAUCGAGGAUUUGUCCUUACGCCACAAACAAAUGAGGGAUUGCCAAUACAGUUUGUAUCUUUUGGGUCGCUAUAAGCUGGGUGGAUCAGAAAACUGAACCUACAGAUGAUCAGUUCUCAAGUGUUUGCACUGUUUUUCAAAUCCUUGUAGGAUUAAGGUAGAUGGAAGACCGCAAGCGUGGAGUUCACGCGGUUCCAUCGAAAUGACCGAAUGUCCUGUACAUUUUUAAAACCGCGCCAGCUCAACGUUACAAACUCGCACGGUAAGAAUAUAAGCGACAAAAAGUAUACAGCAAAGGAAAAAAAAAACAGCUCAGCGUAGAGUAGACCUGGACCAUCUACAUGGAAGGUCGGCUCCUAGACCACUGCACAACGCUGAAAUAUAUACGCUGUUUGGAGCUUGUGGAGCUGUUUUUAUGUGAAUUCAAAGAUAUAUUUGAGGAAAAUUAGUCAGGAUAAUCAUUUAUUUUUGUUGUUGCUGUUAACUUCUCCGCCCUCCGUUUCCCUGAAUUUUUUUUUUUGUUUCGUUCCAACUUAAUAUUCAUUACACGACAUCUCCGACAUCUCUUCGUCAGUGGAUUUUUGUCCACUCGUUUGUCAGAAAACACUCUCACGACAGUGUUUUCCAUAAGCAAAAUCACGUUCACAGACCUCAAAUUUAGAGUAAUUGUAAAAGCGGUUUUAGACUGCCUUUCCUUCAUAUUUCAUUCUUCUUUCGCACAAGCAAAUGCAUAUUUUUGGAAUUGGAGUAACUCAUUGGAAAACAGGGGCAGCUACUUGUUUCUUUUUAUAUUCUCCUUUUUGUAUUAAUCGAUUUCUACUGGAAUUAUUUCGCAGAUGGGACACGAGGACGAUACGAGUCUGAACAGGACAAAAAGGAGAAAAUUAAAGGCAAGGGUAAGACUAAGGCCUUCGUUCGGCUCGAUCAUUGUUAUCACUGCGAUUCUGUCCAUAAAGCCCGAAGGAGGUACUUUAGGAAUGUGCCGCUGGGAGCCUGGGACCCUUAGCCAAUAUCAGACCUGGUUCAGUGGAAUUUUGCUACCCUAUACAAUGUACUAGACCCUAUAUCAUAUUAACUUGCGAUGAAGUAUUCUUUAUGGGGACUUGCGCAAUUAACAGAGUAAAUCGCACAUCGUUGCGAUGACUAUAGUGAUGUCUAUUUAGUCAAUUAGCUGCAAUCAUCUGUAUUUUUUUGCCCAAACAAGAGAAGAAGUUCACAAAAGUUUGUUCAUUGACUCAAAGACAGUUUGCCCAUAAUACCAACUAAACUAUAUAGAUAUUAACAAACCUGUUUUCCAAGAGAGAAAUAAAAAUCAUACAAACAUUUUCACAAAUACAUAUCUAGCCAGUUUUUCGAGAUUGGGCAAGCGAAAUUUGCAGCCUUUGUGGUAAAUAGAGGGCCAAACGCAUUCAAGUUUUCAGCAUCCGAUAAGCCAGAAAAUUACAUAAGCGAAGGUAAAGAAAAAGAAAAAGAAUAAAGAUUACAAAGGAAUAAAUGCAGAUAAAUCAAGUUUGACUUAAUUUCUAUCAUUGAAUAUCACUAAUUAGUAAAGCUCAAAAGGAAAGAAAGGAAGGGGAAAAAGAAGGAACGAAUAAUAAUUGAUGACAACGUUAUUUUCAAUUCCAGAUCAAACGCAAAGGAUCCGGAAUCGGCAUUAACAAAACAAGAGAAAGGUGGAAAUUUUUUUUAUACAUUUGAAGUAAAAACAUAAGAAGACUCCCUGUAUGGUCCCAUCGCAAUCUACUUUAAUAUGGGAAGUCAGACCUUUCAUUAUUUAUAGAUUUCACUUCCAUUGCCACAAGCUAUUAUCAAGUGUUCUACUGCAAAAACUGAAUAUUGGACUUACAGACUAGCUUCAGAGGUACUACAGAAGGCGAGCCCAUUUAACUCAAUUUUAUUAAAAAUGUAAAAAAGGUUUAAUAUAGGAAAUAAGAACAAGAGAGAAAUAAAAAUCAUACAAAUAUUUUCACUAAUACAUAUCUAGCCAGAUUUUCGAGAUUUGCAGCCUUUGUAGUAAACAGAGGGCCAAACGCAUACAAGUUUUCAGCAUCCGAUAAGCUAGAAAAUUACAUAAGCGAAGGAAAAGAAAAAGAAAAAUAGAGAUUGAGUUGAAAAAAAAAAACAGAAGAGAAAAGGCAAAGGUGGUACCCUCAAGAGAACUAUUUUGAUUAAAAUAAUAAAGAUUACAAAGGAAUAAAUGCAGUUUAUCGGUUUGACUUUAUUUAUAUCAUUGAAUAUCACUAAUUAGUAAAGAUGAAAAGGAAGAAAAGGAAGGAGAAAAGGAAGCCAGAAUGAUAAGGCAAACUGAACUUGUUUUUUUUAAAUGCAGAUUAAGUUUCACCUUAUUUCUAUUAGUGAAUAUCACUAAUUAGUAAAGCUCAAAAGGAAAAAAAGGAGGGAGAAAAAGAAGGAACGAAGAAGACAGUUAAAAGCGGUAGGUACUAAAUAAAAAUAAUGAUUUCUUUUUAAAUGCCACGGAAAACAAUUUCGUCGAUGAAAAUUCAGUCGUGAAUGGAAUGGAUAGAAUGAUAAGGCAAACUGAAUUUGUUUGUUCUGUUAUAUUUUGUUAUAUCAAAGUUUUUUCCAUGUUAUUGUUUACUAUUUUGGGAAAAAAGAAUAUCAUUCAUUACAAAAAAUGCUUUAUUACAGAGGUUAUCGAGGAUUUGUCCUUACGCCACAAACAAAUGAGGGAUUGCCAAUACAGUUUGUAUCUUUUGGGUCGCUAUAAGCUGGGUGGAUCAGAAAACUGAACCUACAGAUGAUCAGUUCUCAAGUGUUUGCACUGUUUUUCAAAUCCUUGUAGGAUUAAGGUAGAUGGAAGACCGCAAGCGUGGAGUUCACGCGGUUCCAUCGAAAUGACCGAAUGUCCUGUACAUUUUUAAAACCGCGCCAGCUCAACGUUACAAACUCGCACGGUAAGAAUAUAAGCGACAAAAAGUAUACAGCAAAGGAAAAAAAAAACAGCUCAGCGUAGAGUAGACCUGGACCAUCUACAUGGAAGGUCGGCUCCUAGACCACUGCACAACGCUGAAAUAUAUACGCUGUUUGGAGCUUGUGGAGCUGUUUUUAUGUGAAUUCAAAGAUAUAUUUGAGGAAAAUUAGUCAGGAUAAUCAUUUAUUUUUGUUGUUGCUGUUAACUUCUCCGCCCUCCGUUUCCCUGAAUUUUUUUUUUUGUUUCGUUCCAACUUAAUAUUCAUUACACGACAUCUCCGACAUCUCUUCGUCAGUGGAUUUUUGUCCACUCGUUUGUCAGAAAACACUCUCACGACAGUGUUUUCCAUAAGCAAAAUCACGUUCACAGACCUCAAAUUUAGAGUAAUUGUAAAAGCGGUUUUAGACUGCCUUUCCUUCAUAUUUCAUUCUUCUUUCGCACAAGCAAAUGCAUAUUUUUGGAAUUGGAGUAACUCAUUGGAAAACAGGGGCAGCUACUUGUUUCUUUUUAUAUUCUCCUUUUUGUAUUAAUCGAUUUCUACUGGAAUUAUUUCGCAGAUGGGACACGAGGACGAUACGAGUCUGAACAGGACAAAAAGGAGAAAAUUAAAGGCAAGGGUAAGACUAAGGCCUUCGUUCGGCUCGAUCAUUGUUAUCACUGCGAUUCUGUCCAUAAAGCCCGAAGGAGGUACUUUAGGAAUGUGCCGCUGGGAGCCUGGGACCCUUAGCCAAUAUCAGACCUGGUUCAGUGGAAUUUUGCUACCCUAUACAAUGUACUAGACCCUAUAUCAUAUUAACUUGCGAUGAAGUAUUCUUUAUGGGGACUUGCGCAAUUAACAGAGUAAAUCGCACAUCGUUGCGAUGACUAUAGUGAUGUCUAUUUAGUCAAUUAGCUGCAAUCAUCUGUAUUUUUUUGCCCAAACAAGAGAAGAAGUUCACAAAAGUUUGUUCAUUGACUCAAAGACAGUUUGCCCAUAAUACCAACUAAACUAUAUAGAUAUUAACAAACCUGUUUUCCAAGAGAGAAAUAAAAAUCAUACAAACAUUUUCACAAAUACAUAUCUAGCCAGUUUUUCGAGAUUGGGCAAGCGAAAUUUGCAGCCUUUGUGGUAAAUAGAGGGCCAAACGCAUUCAAGUUUUCAGCAUCCGAUAAGCCAGAAAAUUACAUAAGCGAAGGUAAAGAAAAAGAAAAAGAAUAAAGAUUACAAAGGAAUAAAUGCAGAUAAAUCAAGUUUGACUUAAUUUCUAUCAUUGAAUAUCACUAAUUAGUAAAGCUCAAAAGGAAAGAAAGGAAGGGGAAAAAGAAGGAACGAAUAAUAAUUGAUGACAACGUUAUUUUCAAUUCCAGAUCAAACGCAAAGGAUCCGGAAUCGGCAUUAACAAAACAAGAGAAAGGUGGAAAUUUUUUUUAUACAUUUGAAGUAAAAACAUAAGAAGACUCCCUGUAUGGUCCCAUCGCAAUCUACUUUAAUAUGGGAAGUCAGACCUUUCAUUAUUUAUAGAUUUCACUUCCAUUGCCACAAGCUAUUAUCAAGUGUUCUACUGCAAAAACUGAAUAUUGGACUUACAGACUAGCUUCAGAGGUACUACAGAAGGCGAGCCCAUUUAACUCAAUUUUAUUAAAAAUGUAAAAAAGGUUUAAUAUAGGAAAUAAGAACAAGAGAGAAAUAAAAAUCAUACAAAUAUUUUCACUAAUACAUAUCUAGCCAGAUUUUCGAGAUUUGCAGCCUUUGUAGUAAACAGAGGGCCAAACGCAUACAAGUUUUCAGCAUCCGAUAAGCUAGAAAAUUACAUAAGCGAAGGAAAAGAAAAAGAAAAAUAGAGAUUGAGUUGAAAAAAAAAAACAGAAGAGAAAAGGCAAAGGUGGUACCCUCAAGAGAACUAUUUUGAUUAAAAUAAUAAAGAUUACAAAGGAAUAAAUGCAGUUUAUCGGUUUGACUUUAUUUAUAUCAUUGAAUAUCACUAAUUAGUAAAGAUGAAAAGGAAGAAAAGGAAGGAGAAAAGGAAGCCAGAAUGAUAAGGCAAACUGAACUUGUUUUUUUUAAAUGCAGAUUAAGUUUCACCUUAUUUCUAUUAGUGAAUAUCACUAAUUAGUAAAGCUCAAAAGGAAAAAAAGGAGGGAGAAAAAGAAGGAACGAAGAAGACAGUUAAAAGCGGUAGGUACUAAAUAAAAAUAAUGAUUUCUUUUUAAAUGCCACGGAAAACAAUUUCGUCGAUGAAAAUUCAGUCGUGAAUGGAAUGGAUAGAAUGAUAAGGCAAACUGAAUUUGUUUGUUCUGUUAUAUUUUGUUAUAUCAAAGUUUUUUCCAUGUUAUUGUUUACUAUUUUGGGAAAAAAGAAUAUCAUUCAUUACAAAAAAUGCUUUAUUACAGAGGUUAUCGAGGAUUUGUCCUUACGCCACAAACAAAUGAGGGAUUGCCAAUACAGUUUGUAUCUUUUGGGUCGCUAUAAGCUGGGUGGAUCAGAAAACUGAACCUACAGAUGAUCAGUUCUCAAGUGUUUGCACUGUUUUUCAAAUCCUUGUAGGAUUAAGGUAGAUGGAAGACCGCAAGCGUGGAGUUCACGCGGUUCCAUCGAAAUGACCGAAUGUCCUGUACAUUUUUAAAACCGCGCCAGCUCAACGUUACAAACUCGCACGGUAAGAAUAUAAGCGACAAAAAGUAUACAGCAAAGGAAAAAAAAAACAGCUCAGCGUAGAGUAGACCUGGACCAUCUACAUGGAAGGUCGGCUCCUAGACCACUGCACAACGCUGAAAUAUAUACGCUGUUUGGAGCUUGUGGAGCUGUUUUUAUGUGAAUUCAAAGAUAUAUUUGAGGAAAAUUAGUCAGGAUAAUCAUUUAUUUUUGUUGUUGCUGUUAACUUCUCCGCCCUCCGUUUCCCUGAAUUUUUUUUUUUGUUUCGUUCCAACUUAAUAUUCAUUACACGACAUCUCCGACAUCUCUUCGUCAGUGGAUUUUUGUCCACUCGUUUGUCAGAAAACACUCUCACGACAGUGUUUUCCAUAAGCAAAAUCACGUUCACAGACCUCAAAUUUAGAGUAAUUGUAAAAGCGGUUUUAGACUGCCUUUCCUUCAUAUUUCAUUCUUCUUUCGCACAAGCAAAUGCAUAUUUUUGGAAUUGGAGUAACUCAUUGGAAAACAGGGGCAGCUACUUGUUUCUUUUUAUAUUCUCCUUUUUGUAUUAAUCGAUUUCUACUGGAAUUAUUUCGCAGAUGGGACACGAGGACGAUACGAGUCUGAACAGGACAAAAAGGAGAAAAUUAAAGGCAAGGGUAAGACUAAGGCCUUCGUUCGGCUCGAUCAUUGUUAUCACUGCGAUUCUGUCCAUAAAGCCCGAAGGAGGUACUUUAGGAAUGUGCCGCUGGGAGCCUGGGACCCUUAGCCAAUAUCAGACCUGGUUCAGUGGAAUUUUGCUACCCUAUACAAUGUACUAGACCCUAUAUCAUAUUAACUUGCGAUGAAGUAUUCUUUAUGGGGACUUGCGCAAUUAACAGAGUAAAUCGCACAUCGUUGCGAUGACUAUAGUGAUGUCUAUUUAGUCAAUUAGCUGCAAUCAUCCGUAUUUUUUUGCCCAAACAAGACAAGAAGUUCACAAAAGGAUUGUUCAUUGACUCAAAGACAGUUUGCCCAUAAUACCAACUAAACUAUAUAUAGAUAUUAACAAACCUGUUUUCCCUAUAUUUAAGGAGAGAAAAGUAGAAAAGCGGUGGGAAGAAAGAAGGAAGAAAGACGAGGAGGAAAGUAAGUCUUCAAUCCAGUGCCCUUUUAUUUUAUAUUUUGGCUGAUCUCUUUUGCUUCUUAGUUUUAAUUCUUUAAACCUUCAGAUCAAAAUUUGAAUUCUAAUUAGUUGCCCCCUAUUCAUUUCCCACAAAAGUAGUGGGGAGAAGUUGAUAAAAUAUCAAGCAAAUUCAUCUUAUGUGAUCAUGUCCGUAAUUCUCAUGACCACUCUGUUCCUCAAAGCAUUGAUAUUACAAGGAGAAAUUUGAUGCUGACCGCUUUUAGGGCUUAAGAGUUAAACUGUGACAAAGAGAACUGAAGUGUUCGCCACUUCUCUUUCAUACUGGCCCAUUUUUAGUAAACUCGAACCACGCCUUUCAGUGGUGACGGUUUUUAGAAAACACCGAGUUGUUAUUACUCAAAACAUCUAUAGUUUGAAUAAUGUCCUGCCGCAACACUAUCGUUUCAAUGGUGGUUAUCCAGGGAUUCAUGUUUUAAAGUAGCUAAAGCAUUUGUUUUGACCAAAAGGCCUUGUGACCAAUCAUAAUUAUCAUAACUUAUCCAAAGUAAUUGAAGCACGUUGCUAUUUGAUGUGCGCAUCAGGUCAAUUACUUGUGUACCAAUUAUAACAAACUCUCAAUAUUCCGUUUUGCCGUUAAUAAAGUUUGGCAGUCCUUCCCAUUGGGAUUAGUAGGGCAAUUUUCUAUAGAGGUCAAUUCAUCUGGGAAGAAACUCUAACACCAAUCUUGUCACCUUACACACCUCAAUUGCUUCGGCAGUAUUUUAUGUCUUAGGUCUUUUACGUAUACUUAUUUUUAGACCCCAUAUACACUUGUAUUUCUGAUUUCUACUGUAUGUAAUUAAAUUAGCUCCAUAAAAUAAACUGGGCGCUUUGCUUAACAAUGAAACUAAGCCAGUAAGUCGUCGUCAUCACUCAUCGUCAUCAGCGCACGCAAUCAUCAUUUAAUCAUAGACAUUAUUUUAAUUGUUAUUAUUAUCGUCAUUGUUAUUUUCAUCCCAGCUGAACAUUAGCGUUGAGCAGUUAUUUUGAGACUGUAUGCCUAACGAUGUUUCUUGAGUAUGCACCGAUUGUUAAUAGACUUCCAUGGUUGUUGUAUUAUUCAUGGUUAAAUUAAAUGCUCUUCUUUUCUUUAUAUCAGGGAAUGCAGCUCGAUACGCGUACAAAUUUUAUUCCUCCUCGUCUGACGACUAAAAUGUAAAAAGACCACUUAAUUAACAACAAUAAAUGUAAAUAAUUUUUUAAAAAACACCUGUACAUAGUUCAAAAGCACCACUGUAAAUAGUAGAAACUGAAUGAAAAUGAUUAAAAAAAAACACUUUAAGCAGUUGAAAGAAGUCGGCACGGUGAAAUUAAAAUAAAUUCUUGAUCAGUUUCCCUCUUUGCGUUGAUCACUUUAACUUGCUUACGUGCAGCAUAUAUCAACGGAGUAUAUAUAUAGAUGAAAAUUGAAAAGAUCAGUUUAAAUGAUAUCCGCCCUUCGGAUUGUCUUUGCAGUUGUAAUGAUAAUUUAAAACUUUGCGAACAAACCCGAUAAAGAUUUCGGGACUUCAACGGUGGUUUAACCUAUGAAUGGCCUCUGCUUAAGCGUUGCAGUUCACAGAUGCAUCGGAAGCAGGCUAGCUUGGUGAGUUCAUUUUAACGUGAAAAAAAUGAAAAAAUGAAAAACCGUGCAUAUAAGCACAAGACGUUAUAAGCUAGUGAAGCGCCAGUAAAGAUUGCCUUGAACCAGAAAAUUUAAAUGAUGUUUUAUCAAAGGGGCUGUUUAAAAAGAGUUAGGAAGAUCCCAUCACCAGGAAGAUCUUAGAACGGCGGAUGAUCCUAGCGCCAUAGGUUUUCUGUUUUCGGUUUACAUGCGCUAGGGUUUUUAUAGUAUUAUUCGUAACUGAAAGGUAGGAAAAUCCUGGUGCUAGCAUGUAAACCACUUUUGCCAGGAAGAUCGUAGUACUAGGGACAAAUCACACAAAAUGACAGCCGAUGACUGGGUGGGCCCGUGCCCUCCUCCCUCCUAUUUUUUGGCCGGCGAAAGUUAAAACUUUGUUUAUGAUUCAUGCCGUAUUGUAGAUACUUUGUGUACUACAUAAAGUGUUUUACGGAUAUUUCUUUUAUUAUACAGGAGCCGUGAGCGAUUAAUAACCAUCUCAGUGAGAAGGAGUAGUAAGUCAAAGAAAAAAAAGAAAUUUCUAUUUCAUGACACAUCACUCCAAAUUACUUCAUGCGAUAAAAUGUAUUAACUUAUAACAGCAGGAUGUAUAUCAUAAUCUUAGGUGAGAUUUCCUUUUUAAAGGACGUGAGAGAAUGGAACACAUACCUCGGUGGCAGGUGCAGUUUAGGUUUAAUAUUUAAAAGCAAGUAUAAUGCUUAUUGAAGUACAUCUGGCUGUUAAAAGAAAUGGAAGGAGGAAUUUCGAAGGCGAAAACAAAGAAGAGAGAUUAAGAAGCUUUAACUUUUUGUGCAAUCUGUCAUUGAAUAGCCAGAGAGUAACAGCUCCUCAAAAGGAGAAAAAGAAGAAAAGAAAUAAAGAAAGAAGAGAACGAAAAGAUGAAAGCGGUAUACACUUUGAUAAAGCAAUAUAUAACUUCUUACAGUGAACGUGACAUGAAGUUUGCUUUAAUGUAAAGAGACAGAUGCAGCUCUUUAAAAACUAGGUGUGCCAGUUCUGGGGGAAAAAAAAAGCGAGCCGCCGCAUGGGAAACUUGAUUGUGCGCACGACUCGUAAUAGGAAGAUGUUUCCCAUGGUAUGAAUUGAUAUAAAGCUUUCCACUUCCUAUCUUUCUAACCGUAAACGAGAAAAAUCUUUUAGCACUGAUUACAUCACCUUCCUGGGGUCCCCAACCUCCAGGUAAACAGGCCCUUACUCUUUGGCCCUCAGCCAAGGAGGUGCCAGAUGAUAAGUAAAAAAGGUACGAUAGUUAGAAAAUUUUGUAACUCUGUGAAUUAUCUGUUUGAAUUUCUUCAUAGGCUGGGGUACAACUGGUCCCAAACAUUUUGUACAAGGUAAAAAGGAGAAGGUAUCCUCAUUCUCAACUUUUAGUGCAGUUUGCAGCACAUAUGUUAGGUAAGGGUAUGAUUAAGAGCCAUUAUGGCUCUUGGUAUGACAUACAAGACAAAUCCCACAUUUGGAGGGAAGAGGUGGCUGUACCUUUGAAAGCAAGAAAAAAGACGGGCCACAAAUGAGAAGGGUACAAGCUAAGCUAUCCUCAAACUCAAAUGUUUGGUGUGCUUUACCUCAAAUUUGUUAGUUAAGGUCAUGAUAUAUAGGAAAAUAGCAGUAAAAAUAUAACAAUAAAUAUUGUGGAUUGCCAGUUUUACCUGAUGUCAUUUCUGUGAAGCCUAAAAAAACUGAAACCAGCGUUUUUGUUGCGGGCCUAUUUAAUUUAACUAUACCUAUACAUUAUUUGGCUUAGCAAAUGAUAGUCUGAGUGUGGCGGCAUGACAUUAUUCAAACCAUAGAUGUUUUUGAGUAAACAUAACUCGCUGUUUCAAAGCCACUAAAAGGCGUGGUUCUAGUUUACUAAAAAUAGACUAAUAUGAAAGGGAAGUGGCGAACACUUCUGUUCUCUUUGUCACAGUUAAAAAAGUAGCAAAAGAGAACAGCCAAAAUACAAGAGUAAAGGGCUCUCGAUUUAUACCUUACUUUCUUUCAUGUCCUUUUUUCUCCUCUCCUCCCACAUCCUCUCUACUUUUCGAUCCCUUAACAUACGUAAUACAGAUCAGUGGUGAAUAUCUAUAUAGUUUAGUUAAAAUAAGAGGCAAGCUGUUUUUCUACAAUCACGAGAGUCCAUUUUUCACAGUAAAAUUGAAAACGUUAACAGAGCCUUAUCUUUAAGGUUGCAUACUAACCUGUUGAACAUUUGGAAAAUGUUUGCUUUUAGAGAGAGCUGACUCCCUAAAGGACUCUUUAAAAUGUAGUUUUUUAUUUUGUAGAAUCCAUGACUUUGUUUUAACUUAUGGAGGCAAUUUUUAAGGAUUUCUGGUUACAGGGGUCCAACUAUGAAUGUUCAGAAAAUGAACCUGUUGCUCUUUUUUGGAUCUCUACCUGCAUGCCGUUUGGCGUCAUGUUUAUCAUCACCAUCAUCUUAAUCGUUUUCAUGUGUUUCUAGAGUGUAUAAGUCAGAGAGUGUACAAGGGUGAUUUGCAAAACGAAUGAAUGAUAAUGUACCAGUUGCUCUUUGGAGCUCUAAAGGCACUCGCUUGGCAAUCUUAAAAGAUAAAGACAUAAGUCAAUUACUUACCUGGCCAGAGUAGAAUGCUGUAUGACUAGAGGAGUUGAUUCUGGUGAUAAGACUUUACAUCCCUUUUUUCCGUGAUUCCAUGUUCGGAUUGCGGUUUUCAGAUUAUAGAGCUGCCCUCGAUGCAGCAGCGUAAUUUCUUCAGAAACUAACCUCUUUAGAAAAAAAGUAUCGAAUUGUAAGACCAUAUCUGGGCUCCAAUCUUUCCCUUCAUUUUCCUGCUUUUGUUUCGGUCUUCGUUGUGUAAAGAAAUGCAAACAGCAUAGUUUAAUGCAGAGGGUGUCUGCUUACAGGAGUGCAACUAUAAAUGUUCAGGGAUUGUACGUGUUGCUCGUUGGAACUCUAGAGGCAUCAGUCUGCAUGGCACUGGAAUCCUUGGCCAUCAAUUCAAGGUUAAUUUGUUGUUUGAUGGUGGCAUUAUAUUGACAUAUAAGACACAUCCCACAUCCCACAAUAGGACACACCGCACAUUUGGAUGACAGAGGUGGGUGUCUGCAACCAUGCAAGAAGGAAAGAAAGAAAGACUGAAAGGCUUCAAAUGAGAAGGGUCCUCAAACUCAAAAUGUUUGGUGUGGUUUGCAUAACAUAUGUUAGUUCAGGGAAUGACAUAUAAGGAAGAAAGGGAGAAAGAAAGAGUGACAGGCUAGAAAUGAGAAGGAUAAAGGCUAAGAUAUCCUCAUUCUCCGAUAUGUUUAGGGCAGUUUGGAUCAAAUUUUCGUGUAUAUUUUUUUCAACAAGCAAUCUGUACCCCUUCUGACAAACCUUUGUACAGAGCUUUAAUUUGCAAAGCUUACACAAUACCUACAUAUAAUAUUGAAUAAUCUUGCUGAUCAGAAGAUUCCCGGGUCUGAUCUAGCACCUCCAAGACCAGGAGUUAAAGCCUGCUUUUGUAUUAAAUACGGUUUGUUCAAAACCGGUAGCACCCAAAGUUAGUUAUUCCUUUCUUUUCUUGAUAAUCAAAAAGCUCUAAAUCCUUGCAAUGAUAUAUUUGUGAUUAAUUCUUUCUUAAGUUAAUAUUUCUGACCCGUUUGGCUAUUCAGUCCAUUCAAAUCAUCUGAUCGAGCGAGUGAAUGGAGCCGAAACCAAUUGUGGAAGUGCACACAUUUUAGGCAUCCUACUGAUAAACAAUGACGACGCGUAGAUAUAUUUUUUUAGCAACUACUAUAAUUUGCAGUCUGUCCACUUUCAAUAGCUAAAUAAAUUAGCUUAUUUUUUCUGUAUUGUAGAGCGUUACAAACACUUCUUCUGUUGCUUUUGUUACGUAUAUUAUUAUUGUAAUUUUUUCUGGUUGAUACAGGUUUAAGAAAAUCAUCAGAUUCCAUUCCCAGCUACUGAUUAUUAUCAGUAGCUCAAACUAAGUUUAAAUAGAAUGCAAUUUUCUGUAUAUAGAACUCUUGAUGUUUUGUAUGUGAAUCCACUUGUGUAGCGCGCCCCUACUUGUAAAAUAUUGUAGAUAAUCUUUUUUUCUCCCAGUUUUGUUUUUCUACACUAAACUAUACAUAUUUUAAAUUGGAACAAAUGCAGAUUAAGUUUCACCUAAUUUCUAUUAGUGAAUAUCACUAAUUAGAAAAGCUGAAAAAGGAGGAACGAGAGAAAGAACGAGAGAAGGAGACAAAUGAAUUUCAUGUUGCAAAAAGUUUGCAACACAUAUAUUUCAGGUAAUACACACACUGAGGAUUCAUCUAAACGUAUAAUAAUUGAUGACAACGUUAUUUUCAAUUCCAGAUCAAAUGCAACGGAGUCAUUAUCAAAGAAAGAGAAAGCAAAGCUCAAAAGGAAGAAAAGGAAGGCGAAAAGGAAGGAGCGAAGAAGCCCGGAAUGAUAAGGCAAACUGAAUUUGUUUGUUCUGUUAUAUUUUGUUAUAUCAAAGUUUUUUCCAUGUUGUUGUUUACUAUUUUGGGAAAAAAGAAUAUCAUUCAUUACAAUAAGUGCUUUAUUACAUAGGUUAUCGAGGAUUUGUCCUUACGCCACAAACAAAUGAGGGAUUGCGAAUACAGUUUUUAUCUUUUGGGUCGCUAUAAGCUGGGUGGAUCAGAAAACUGAACCUACAGAUGAUCAGUUCUCAAGUGUUUGCACUGUUUUUCAAAUCCGUGUAGGAUUAAGGUAGAUAGAAGACCGCAAGCGUGGAGUUUACGCGGUUCCAUCGAAAUGACCGAAUGUACUAUAUAUUUUUAAAACCGCGCCACCUCAACGUUAAAAACUCGCGCGGUAAGAAUAUAUGCGAGAAAAAGUAUUCAGCAAAGGAAAAAAAAACAGCUCAGCGUAGAGUAGACCUGGAUCAUCUGCAUGGAAGGUCGGCUCCUAGACCACUGCACCACGCUGCCAACGAUAACUUAAAGUGGGAAAAGAAAUAUAUUUAAAGGGUUAUUUCCGCGAAAUUCUGCUUACAUUGGCUUAAGUUCAUGAGAAGUGCGUUUUUGAAAUUGCCGUUUUUUCAUACUUGGUGGAUGGUCAAUUUUACAUCAAUACCGUAUAUACUGACGUCGCGGCGGCCGUAUUCGGUGUUCUAAAACAAUGAAAUGACAGCCAUGUUGGUGUACAAAGAAAAUCCUGUGGGAGUUGAAUUCUUUUCUUGCAAACGCUUUCUUUCGAUUCAAUAGAUUUGCAUGGAUCCUGGACACGCGAGUGAAAACGCUCUGUAGGAGGUGAUUAUUCAUGCACAAAAAAUGGGUUUGAAAGCACCGUUAAUAAAUAUUGAAUAGCAACAAUCACUGCAUCUUAUUUAGGCUUGAAGUGUGUGUGCAAAAAUUUCGAAAUUUCUCAGGAGUGAUCCGCAAAGCGAUUUUCGAGCAAUGGGCUACGAGCGAAAGAACGCAAAUGAACGGACCAAUAUCAUUCAUGAAUUUAAGGGUUGUUUCCUGAGAGGUCACGUUGCGUAGUUUAACCUUGAAAGUAAUUGGUGGUCCGUUUACAAAGAAAAAACAAACUUAAAAAUCUUUUGUUUGUUUUUUUUUAUAAAAAACUUUGUGAUUGGAUAUGUUCUUCCAAAUGCUCGAUUCGAGUAGUCGCACUGCAAAAUAGGUCUGCUGCUAGUGUUUCGAAUAAUAGGAUAAGAAUAACAUGUGGAUAGUUUUAUAGGGUAACUGACCAUGGCUUCUUAAAAGUAAUGAACUCAUCUUAUUAAAGUGUUGUAUAGACAUUGGCUAGCGACAGCAACCUUGAACUCCGUAAUUUUAUGGAUGGAAACCUUCAGCCACAGGAGGGGAUAGUAAACGAGGAAGAAAGGGCGAGGAAAAGAGAAAAAAACAUAAAGAAAAAGAGAAAAGCAAGGGUCUGUAUUGUCGUUAA